GGUACAGGGAUGAUGAAUGAAUACAGCUGUACAAUGCGCUUGGUUGUCGCUUCUUCUUGUUGCUGUCGUCGCGUUGCAGAUUUGGUCGCGAGAGUGGAGACAGCCAGAGACUACAUCGCCUGACUGGCACUGGCUGAGUACUGUGAGUCUGUGAAGUAGUCUCACUGAGCAUGGCAAGACAAGCAGAGAAGCAGCUGGCCAAGGACAACACCGCCAAGAUUGCACUCCUCCGCAGAGGCGCCGUCGCCGUCAAUGUCCUGUUCAUCGUGAUCCGGCUCAUCUACUGCCGUGCAUCGAGCACCAAGAAGACCUACUUCCUCUAUCUCCUCACAAACCUGGUGGCGGGGACCAUUCAGCUGCAACUCGAACGCAUUGGCUCGCCCACAUUCAACAGCGAUGGGAGUUUGCGAUCGAGCGGUGGCGACCUGGGACAAGCAGGCGUGACGGAGUACUUGACGGAUAUCGUGUACAUGACGUGGAUUGUCUAUCUGCUGGUGACCUUCAUCACUGAUUAUGCUUGGCUGUUCUAUCUGGCUAUCCCUGGGUACGCGGUGUACAAGAUCUGGCCUGCGAUCCAACCUCGCCUGGCUCAGGCACGGCGGCAGAUGGAGCAGCAGCAGGCAGCAGGAGGACAAGGACAAGGAGAGGGAGAGAGACUGAGCAGGAGGCAGGAGAAGCUGAAGAAGAAGCAGGAGAAGUUUGCAGGUAGGCAGUAGUGGUAGACUGGCACUACUCGUAAGUGAUCUCUAUGUUUUAUAUCUGUUGUUAGCUGCUGGUGACGGCGACAAGAGGUGCUUACUUAGACGAUACCCAGUUGCUGAAAAGGGUCCAUCCAAAAGC